GGGGCCCAUCACCGGGCCCAGAGGAGGCUAUUUUUUUACAAGACGAAGGCUGGAACACAGCUGGUUGAAUAAGACUCUAAAUGGGAUAGGAAAGCAUCCAACAGGAGAGUGUGAAUAUGGCCAGGAAAUAGAGACAGUGGGGCAUGUACUGACACAGUGUGGGUAGUAUCAGAGGGAAAGAUAGAGACUGAGAUCCAGUUUGAGGGAGAAGGGGAUACAGGAAAUGAGUUUAAAGAGGAUAUUGAGUCGAACGUCAUUAGAUACAGUCCCAAAUAUUUUGUUAUCUUCUUUUUAAAGGAAAACGGGACAUGGCAGGUAGGAUUUACAAUAGUAUCUGUCUUUGGCCCACCCUCCAGUACAGUAGGUGGCGGUAAUGCACCAUAAGGUUAGAUGCCAACCGCCAAAAAACCACACCAUAGAAGAAAAAUAAGUGGCGAAUUUUCGUUGCAGGAUUGGAGGACAUCGGGAAGAGAAUGCAAGCUGCGGUACGGAAACGUCAAAGCAAUGCACCUCGGUCGUCAACAAACCCCAGCCAACCAGAGUCCAAGCCAAAAGGGUCAUCAAUGAAGAGGCCACAGUUCCACUUUGACCUGUGGUUCUAUCUCACAGUACAAAACUGGAUACUGGACUUUGGAAGGCCCAUUGUAAUGAUCAUUCUCCCUCUGGAGUGGUUCCCCCUGAACAAGCCCAGUGCUGGAGACUACUUUCACAUGGCCUACAAUGUCAUCACGCCAUUCCUACUGCUCAAGCUGAUUGAGAGGAGUCCCAGGGCCCUGCCUCGCUCCGCCGUGUACCUGAGCAUCAUCACCUUAGUGAUGGGCGCCAGCAUCCACCUGGUGGGCGACUCCAUCAACCAUCGUCUGCUGCUGAGUGGCUACCAGCUCCACCUGUCUGUCAGAGAGAAUCCCAUCAUCAAAGACCUCAAACCUGCUACACUGAUUGAUUCGUUUGAGCUUCUUUAUUUUUAUGAUGAACAACUGGGACAUUUGAUGUGGUAUAUUCCUUUCUUCAUCAUCCUCUUCCUCUACUUCACUGGCUGCUUUACUCACGUCAAAGAGGAGAAGACGAUGCCCCUGUCCGGUUGGCUGCUACUCGGACCCAGUGCCCUCUACUAUUGGUACUUGGUCACAGAGGGUCAGAUCUUCCAACUCUUCCUCCUCACCUUCCUAGCUAUGGUAGCCACGGUGAUCCACCAGCGGCAUAAGGGCUCUGUCCCAGACGCCAAUGGCCUCUUUCUGUUCGCCAGCUUCUCUGUCACCAUGUUCCUGGUGGCCGUGUGGGUGGCCUGGCUGUGGAGCGACCCGGUGCUGCGUAAGAAAUACCCCGGUCACCUGUACGUCCCCGAGCCCUGGUCCUACUACACAUUACACGUUAAGGACAGCCACUGAUAGGAGUGACAACAGCCUCCUGUGGAAUGGACUAAUACUGACUGAAUGGAUUCCAUCAAUAUCUUGCAUUUCUGAAGAAUUGACAGGUCUGAAACGUUCCUGCUACAGAUAAAUGGUCUGUCCGCUCCCGAAUAACAUCAUCAGCAAGCGCCACAUGGAGUGUGGAUCGAGCACAGUGUUGUGCUGCAUUCUGGGACAGGCCCCUCUUUUCUACAGUUGCACCCCACCACUCCCCCAACCCCAACCACAUCCACAUGACAAUGACCAUCUUACAGUAUGCAAUGUUACAGUAUUCAUUUAAAAUGAGACAAAAAAAAUGAACUCAAAGAAAGGUCAGUGUUGGAUGUACUUGAACAUCAUUGUAUUGCUUCAAGUAAGUUGUUUGAACAUUUCAAUAUCAGAUAUUUUUAGUAAUAAAGGUUUUUUACUCCA